UCAAAACUCAAAACCCUGAAGAGGACGAGCGCCAACCAGAGCCGUCUCUGAGCAACAAUGGAGGACACGCCGAUGGAAAACGGUGAGACCAACAAGGAUUCUGAGGUGGCCCCAGCCUUAAUUGCCGUCCACCCCACCCAGAGCUCCGUCGCAGUCGCAGUUGGGUCGGACCUCCGUGUCUUCGACCUCCUUGGGGGUUGUGCGGUUUCUUUGGUAGAUGAUUCUGGUAGUUCCCUUCAUAAGGAUUCGAUAAGAGCCAUUCGCUACGGAGCAGACGGGAAGCUAUUUGUGUCGGCUGGUGAUGAUAAAACCGUCAAGAUAUGGUCGACUGAAUCUUGGCGCUGCAUUACCACUGUGUGCUCGGAGAAAAGAGUGAGUGCAGUUGCCAUAAGCAGUGACGGUUCCUAUGUUUGUUUUGCUGACAAGUUUGGGGUUGUUUGGGUUGUGGAUGUGGAUGUGUCUGAUGGAAAUCAAGCUUCCGUUAAUAAGAAGGCAGCACCACUGCUUUCUCACUAUUGUAGCAUCAUAACAAGCCUGGAAUUUUCACCAGAUGGACGGUUUUUUGUUAGUGCUGACCGGGAUUUCAAAAUUCGAGUUACAGUGUUUCCCAAGAAGCCUUUAGAUGGAGCUCACGAGAUACAAAGUUUCUCCCUUGGUCAUAUAGAGUUUGUUUCAUGCCUUGCCUUUGUUUGCACUCAGGAAUGCCUCCAGGGGUUUCUUGUCUCUGGAAGUGGUGAUUCGACAGUUCGUCUAUGGGAUAUUUCUUCGGGAUCUCUCCUAAACACUUGUGAUAUUAGGGAAAAGGCAGGACUUUUAGAAUCCAAAGGAAUAGAAGAGUGCUAUGGGGCCGUUACCAAUUUGUGCACCAUCCCAGAUAGCACCCUUGUUGCAGUGGCUGUUCAAAGUUUGCAAGGAAUAAUAUUGUUGAGCUGUGAUCUUUCUGCCCAAACACUCCAUGUGGCCAAGGUGGUUUCUAUCGAGGGAGAUGCCUUUAUUCCUACAAGUUUGGGAACUAGCUCAUCGUCAGGAUUAUUGUGGAUGGUAACCGGUGCCUCUAAAUUGCCUGAUUCUCAAUACCCUUGUGUGGCCCGUGUCAAGGUUAUCUCUGGCUUUAAGGACAGCACUCCUGAUUCAGUUGAGCACGGAUCAAUUGUUUUGAAAGACAAUGAGAUCCCCGGAGGUGAGAAAUUGCUCGAGAAGUUGCAGGGAAGAGUGUCCUUUGACGAAAACUUUUUCUUGACAGCUGCUGAGGCUUUGAAAACAUCCAUGAGCAAUUUGUUAAUAAAAAAGCAGUACUCAACGGAGAAACGAGAGUUUAGAAAGAGAACCAGAAAUGAUAAGAAACUCAAGCAGUGAUGGGAUUCCUAAAACGUCAAAAGCUCCUCCGGAAACCGGUUUUGAGAAGCCCUAAUGUGAACUACUCGUAUUACUCUUUAGCUUGUAACCCUAGUAAUUGUUUUUCCGUAUCUUUGUAAGAAAAUGAUUGUUUUGUUUUGAGAUAUUAGAAAAUCUGUACCUUUGCAAGUUGCAAUCAACUUGAGUAGACAAUAAUUUUGAGUAGGUUUGUAUUCAAGUGAUUGCUUUUGCACCUUCA